CUGCCAUGGAAGAGUGACUGGACAGUCUGGAUAUUGUUCAGAGCUGCUUUGGGAAGCCACAAUUUACUGAAAAUGCCCACCAGGUAUCACAAAGCAGCAGCUGAUGGCAAUUUGGAUCUCUUGAAGGAAGCCACUAGGAAAGACCUCAAUACUUCAGAUGAAGAUGGGAUGACACCCACCCUCCUGGCAGCAUACCAUGGCUAUCUAGAAGCUCUGGAAGUCAUUUGUCGUAGGGGAGGUGAUCCAGACAGAUGUGACAUCUGGGGGAACACACCUCUCCACCACGCUGCUUGCAAUGGUCACAUCCAUUGUGUUUCUUUUUUGAUCAACUUUGGGGCCAACAUCUUUGCUCUGGACAACGACCUCCGCACUCCCCUGGAGGUGGCUGCCAGCAGGGACCGCAACGAAUGCGUCAGGAUCCUGGACAAAGCUGCCACUGAGCAGAACAUCCUGAAUCCCAAGAGGGUCAGCAAACUCAAAGCACAGGCCCAGAGGAAUGUGGAGAAACAAAUCAAGGAAUGUGAGAAGCGCCAAGAGAAACACCAGCAGGAAAUGAACCGGUAUUACAUGAAAGAAAAGGUUGGUUCAGUAAAUUCCUCUGGAGGGACACACUCCAGAGGAAAGCUAACGAGUCUCUUUGCUUCAAACACAAAUCCUUUCUCCAAAAACCUGAAAGACACCUUCAAACUGAAGGCAAAAAAGACAGGUGAUAGCACAAGAAGCCAAGGAACACAAAACAAUAACCAAGAGGAUGGGACAGGUAGGAAAACUGUGAUGCAUUUGUUUGAUGAGAAAGAGGAGGAAGAAUUACUGAAUGACCUCGGAGAGAAAAACUUCCCUGAGAACGACAGCCAGGUCUCCAUCUUUCAGCGGCCAGGUCUUGGCAAGAUUGUAUUUGGAAGGAAUUUGGCUGCAGAUGUAAAUCCUGAAACAGUGUCUACUCAGAAAGAAGGUACAAGCUUUAAAAUGUCCAGUGAGCUCUUUCAGCAUGAAAAUGCUGAGAAUGGUAAGGAGGAUGAUGUUGAAAGUGGUGCUGAUGUCCCUUGGCAUGAGGAAGAAGCCAUGUGGGAUGAUGAGGAAACAGAGAACACACCCCUUGAGGUAUUUCUGGCAUCACAGAUGCUGGAUGAGUUCCUUCCAGUCUUCAUGAGGGAAAAAAUUGAUUUAGAUGCCCUGAUGUUAUGUUCUGAUGAAGAUCUACAGAGCAUUCAGAUGGAGCUUGGGCCAAGAAAGAAAGUCCUGAAUGCUGUGAAUAGAAGAAAACAAGCACUCAAGAACCCUGGAAAGACUGUAGAUACUUGCUUAUAAAUGAAUAUCAGUUGCUGUAACCUGCACACUGAUUCAUUAUCUUUUCCCCUUUCCAAAGAAUAUGAAAUUCUUUCCAGAUGUCUGUUAUAGCAAGAGGCAGAGAGGUACCAAUUACUUUGGAGAGUACAGCAAGGACAAGAAUUUUCUCUCUGAACAGAUAGAUGACUGUGGAACACAGGAUACUAAUUCAAGCAUAUUGUGCCAAAAAGAAAGAGUGAAGGUAAAAAACCAAAAGUUCUAGGUGUAAACAUUUUCUCCCUCAGCUGUUUAUGGGCAUUUUAUUUCUUUUGGUCUGAAUAACUUAAAAUAUUAGAAGGCCAGCCACACUGCUUCACAAUAAAGCCUUUCUUUUCUUCUCCAAAACCACGAUGUAAAGAGCAUUCCCAAAGCCUGAGAACUUUAUCUUCUCCAUUUGCUUCUGUUAGAUUGCCACAAACUGCCCUUGCUGUACUGAUGUAUUAGAAAUAGCAUCUGAAUCUUGAUUUCAGCUAUGGCUUAGUGAUUCUAAUAGUCUCUGAAUUCAUGUAAGACUUAUUUACAACAAGUUUCGUGUUCUUGUCAGGAAAGUGUUUUGCUCCUGUAUUGAUAUUAUUUUAAAAAUACAUGAAGUACCUUGCCAAGAGAUGCUCUGCAUGAGUUGUACAUUCUUUUGUCUCAUUAGACUGGACUCAGCUGCCAACACUAUCAUGUCCUCAAUUGUACCAAGACUGCAGUACUUUCAAAUACAGGCAGAUUAGGUUAUAUUUUCAACAUUUUUAACCUCUUUUGGUAUAUCCUUAGCUUCCUAUAGGGUGCAUUUGCCAUGUGAACUCCCAGAAACCAGGUUGCUCAUCACACAUUUUCUGUUGGGUCAGUUGUCACUGCUUGGAACUUGGUACACACACACACAGAGCUCAUGAAAAGAUAGUGAGACUGUAAAGAAGAGUGAGCUUCCAGUCUGUCUGGAGGUAUUCACACUGUUCCCUCCAUCUCUCAGGCCUGUUUCCUUGGGAACCCAGCACUCUCUGAUAUGAAUUACUAAGGUUUUUGUAACAGCCAUUCUUUAGCAAAUAUCUCAGGUUUUAGAAGCACAACUAUUAGCAGGGCUUUUAUCUUUAAAUCUCUUUUUAUAGCCUUCCAUUAGUCAGCUAUGAUUUUUCCUUAAGGGUACACUGCAUUUAUGGACACUAGUCCUAGUUAAUUUACUUUUUCAUGCUUCCUUCUUUUCCUAUCUUCUUGUUACUUCAAUUUGCAUAUUAUUUUCUUAGCUGGACUUUAUACUCAACUCUUUCCUCCUUGAAGUUCUUUACUGCAGCAGGUUGAUAUUUUAUUUCUAUUAAGCAGUCAAAUCAAAGUCCAAUUCUCUGCAACCAUGACUACUGUGCUCAGCACACUAAAUCAGACAGCAUUCCCCCAGAGUGUUAUUAACCUGCUGGCUUACUUUCAUUUUGCCUAAUAAAUUCAGAAAUCUCUAACAAAGCAAGAUGGAAGUGAUGAAUAUUUGAAACCAUAUGACAAGUGGACUUUGAAGGGGAGUAGUUCUCAGUUACAUAACUGAUGUAUAAAUGUAAGGCUUUCCCCAUGCCAGAGGUGCUCCCAGCAGCCACAGAAGCAUCAAGUGCAGCCUCAUUGCUCCCUGCAUCUUCCUCCAGCUGCACUGGCUGAAUUUUACCAUCCUAACAUAAAGGGUUGAGAGUAGGUGUAUGCUGCUCUGACAACAUCUCUCUAGAGCAAAGUGGGGAGCAUAAUGCACCUUUUAAGAACAGAUCUUAAAUAACUGGGUCAAAUCCAUUUAUCCAGGGAAAUGCUAAGUAUGGAAAUUUUGCUAAGUGUGCCAGUGGCUGUCAUUGCUAGGCGCCAAAUGUAGGCAGGAGAGAAGGCACCUGGAGAAAUUACAAAUUAGGGGGAUCAGGCCCCAAGUAU